UCAAGGACGCUUCAUUCGUCCCGGGCCCUCCCGGGACCAAUGAAGCGUGCACCAUUCCUCUUCUGCCUCUCCGCCUCGCUCUUCGUGACCGUUGUGUCCGCGACGACGCGGACACGACGAUCCCGAAGAGCGCAGGCGAAGAGUGCUGUCCCUCUCCCACGCGGGCGUCCGUUUCCUCGGAGGCGAUCCGAUCGGCGUCGUUGCCGCAUCUGAUGACCGCGUCGAGCACGAUGACGACGACGACGACGACGUCGAUGACGACGAUGAAGACGCCGCGGUCCAAGGUCUACCGCAAGACGUCCCUCAGGAAUCCGUCUCUCAACUGCGAGAUCGUCGUCGGCAACGGCAACGUUCUUGAGAAGAACGGGGUCGUCAGAUACGUCAGCGCCCAGGAGAAGAAGCAGAAGAGGAGGAGUCUCGCGGGAAGCGAGAUCGAGCCGAAGAACGAGAACAAAUGGAAUCUCGACGACAUCCACAUCACGUGCAAUCCACUCUCGACGCCGUAUCCGUAUUCCACGCCGGCCGCGACGACCACGACGACCACCACCACCACCACCACGACCGUCACCAGCAAGACGACGACGGAGAGCGACGAGGAGCCGAAGAGCCGCAGCUGCGGCAGCUUCCUACCGAUCCUCGCUCUGAUCCCGCACUCGGUCAUCAGUUUCCAGUAUCUUAGCCCGAAGAUGAAGUUCUCGUGGUGGCGGAACAAGAUCUCGUGAAGACACGCGUAGACGUCCACCGUCGUCGCCGCCGACGUUGUGCGUCCCCGACCUGUUUUAUGAAGAGAGACACGCCUCUCUUUUUACCUCGUAGCGAGCUCUCUCUCUCUCUCUCUCUCUCUCUCUCUCUCUGUCUCCGUUUCUUUGCUUGUAUCUCUCUGUAUCUCUCUAUUUCUAUGUCACGUCGGGCCAGUCUUCAUCAAUUAAAUGUGCGAAUCCCGAGGAAGGUAUCGUCUCGCAAAUCCAUCUGUAUUCACAUUAGUUGUAACUUUCCGAGGGUCCUAUUGUCGAAAACAAAAAAAAAACACAAAAAAGAAAAAAAAAGAAAAUGCAUGCCACGGUAAUCUUAACGCAUUUUUGAAACGCGUGGCGUUUUUAGAGAUAGUCCUCCGAUGAGUUUUCGUUGCCGGAUUGUCACGAGGUUCGGUUCCGCGAUGUUGAAGCAUUUGAAAUGUCAAAGUGUAUUAAGAUUCGAAAGAUCUUCGGAUUUAAGAUCCAAGGUUUUAAUUUUCUGCAAGAACGCUGUACAAGUUUUGUAACAACCAUCUGUCAAAUCUUUCAACCUCGCGGAAGGUAGAAAGUACGCUGACCUCGUAUUUAUUACAUCUUUUGUAUACGAUAUUUGUUUUGAUUUUGUCAACGCGUUGUGACGGAUUUCCUAGUCGAUCAAAGUUCCUCCUUCAUACGACGCGUUUUUAGAUUCUCGAGAAUCUGCGCCGGAAGAAUAUCGUAUUUCAUUUCCGGAUAUUAAUCCUGCAAGGCAAAAAAAAAGAUCCACUCAGAUGUUUUAGAAUCGAAAUGACUUCACGUUAAUUUAAUUAAAUUGAGUAUACAGAUUAAAAUUGUUCAUUCUACGAUUUAAAUUCUCGACGCUCGCGUUUCUUUUCUUCUCUAUCUCGGAGAGAUAUAAACAUAUUCCAAGAUCCUAGAAUAUCUAUGUAAGUGGCGCAAAAAAAUCAAGAAUUUAAAAGACCGUAGAACCUAAGAAUCCACAGUUCCUAGAAUCUAACACCUAACGAUCCAAAGACCCUAGAAUGUAAGGAUUCAGAGAUCUUAAAAUUUAAGAAGACACUUCAACACAUCGUAGAGUGUAAGGAUCCAAACUAUUUUGCAGAAUGCGAAUAUAAUAUUCAAUUGAGUAAAAUCGAGCAUUCGAAGAUUCUAGAAUGUAAGGAUUCGAGAAAAAGAAAGAUAUCAAAUGUGUAAGCAUUUCCUGCGGCGAAAGUGUCAAGCGAACAUCAUUGUUAUCAAUCUUUUAAUUGUCGAGAGCGUAAAAUAUGAUGAGAAGAAAUUUUUAAUUGAGAUUUUAAUGUAAAAUUGAAGUAUACAUUGGAGAGCUGGAAGAAACUUUUUAACAUCUCGACGAUCAACCUUGAAAUGAAAUUCUCGGUCGAGGUAAAAAUGUCUGUCUAGAAAUUUCUGUCAUCGACUUUGUUACGUGCGAUCAUUAAUAUCGCGGUAUAGAAAAUUAUACGCGUUUCGUUGAUCUUCCUUACAACUCGUAUAUAGAAGCAGCAAUUGUAUGUACAUCGCAGAAAGUAAACUCGAUCUAACAAUUGUCGGUUGUUGAUGGAGGUGUCGCGAUAAGGGAAAAUAGUACCAGUUUUUUUUCUUUUUUACACUUUUUUGUUCCUAUUUUAUGUUCCGUUAAUUAAUAUAGUCCUUAUAUUUAUAAAUAUGAGAGAAGAUAUUAUGAGUCACACAUGUGCAUGUAUACUUGUUUCGCUCGCUCGAGAGUAAUUUUAACGACAGCUCUCGCGAUUGAGUUAUUCUGACUGUUAUAAUUCACAUCUAGAUUAGAUGUACAUCGGAUUAUACGAUAUGGUGGAUUUCGUUUCUUUUUUUUUUUCAUACAAAUUUCGUACGCAGAAUGAAAUAUAUUGCUGAUGCUACGAUGGAAUCGGUCACAAGUUGUCGUUUCAUCAAGCAACAAUUCGGUUUCUUGUGUAUCUUUUUUUCCGAUUUUAAUAAAUCAUUUGCGCAAGCAUAUGCCGUUGUCUUU